CCAGCAGAGAAAUCCCUUAAGGGGCCUGUGAGGGAGCAGAAUUCUCUGUGCCCUUGCCUGGCUGUUCCUCCAACAGGCCUUGCACCUCUGGGCUCCACAGGCUGGGGUGGCCUGUGCUGUGGUAGGCUGGGGGUCAGUCUUGCAGGGGUUUACAAGUGGAGCCAAGAUCCUAAGGGGUCCCCUGUUUUUCCCUCUGAAUACCCCAGGUCCCUUCCCCAGUUUCUCCCUUCUCUCCCCAGGGCCUUCCCUCGGUCACUUCUGCCCCGGGACAGCAGCGUUUCUCCUGGCCUUUCUGUCCAGGGGAAUUUCCACGUUUCCUCCUUCCACCAUAAGCAUGAGUAGAAGGGGAAGAGGGAAUCCCUCAGGACUGAGGCUCUCAUGGGCAGGAGAGAGAGGAGUCCUAUCAUGGAGGAAUCCGUAUCUCUUGAGGGCACUGGCCUUCCAGCAUGUUCUGUGCAGUAUCACCUGCUAUCUCCAGAAUGGGUCCCAGGUGGAAGGGAGGUGCUGGCUCCAGCAGCUGGGGCUCCUCUCUGGCCCUGAUCCUUGGAGUGGGUGUUAGAGUGUGGGAUCCUUGCCCAAGUGCAGCCACCAUCCCCCUCCUUGAGUAGGGCCCGAAUUGUAUUGGGAUCAGAAAUGCAGCCACUGGGCUCGGUCCUGAGAGUGGGGGCACCCUGGUUGCUUUCAUAGGCCUGCAAGAGGACAGGCAGGGUUAGGCGAUGGGGCACAUCCCCAACCAUCUGGGUUCAAAUCCCAACUCUGCCACUUACUAGCCACAUGGACUUGUCAAGGUACUUCUCUGAGCUUUAGUUUCUCCCCCUGUUGUAUGAGGAUAAUCCCUCUUAGGACCGAGCAUUAGCACAGUGCCUGGCGAGUAGGAAGUAAUGCUUGGCAGCCAUAGUAUUACUAUAAGCGGUACCGCCACCACCAUUGUCUCCUUAAAUGUUCUUUCAGACUGAGGCAUGUGGAGGCCAGAAGACAGGCUGGGCUCACUGGGUGCAGAGGGGUGGUGCAGAGCCUCUCUCUGGAGGAGGCAGGUGGAGUAGUAGGUGACACCCAGCUAGGGAAGGUCUGCAUCUCCCUGAGGGGCGUGGGAGCAUGUGGGGGUGGGCCCGGGUGCUCCUUACAGGCCCAGCCUGUUCCCUGCAGGUGUUAGCUGCUGUUGUCCCACGUCUUCACUGUUGCGAGCACAGCAUGGCACAUGUGGGUAGCUGGUUCUGGCCAGGUUACUAUCCUCAUAGCCGUGGCACAGCCAUAGCCAUUGUCUGCUGGCACUUGGCUGAUACCCACCUGUGUUCCAGGUCUCUAUUCCAAACUCCCUGGAUUGCAUGGCCCAGCGUGCUUCGUCUGUGCCAUUUUCUGGCCCCAGCCCACCUAGAAUAUACAUCAGGAUCUCCCACCUGCUCCUUGGGUCCCAGAGGAAGGAAAGAGUUCUGGCCUUAUCUGCCUUAAGCUUAGUCAUAAAAUUUGCUUAUCUAAAGGCCUGGAAGGUGGGGCACCCAGCCCCACCCAGCCUUUUAAGAAGUGCUCCCCUGGAGAACUUUCAAUUCCAUCAUUACAGAUUCUGGAGACUUGGAGGCCAGGAAUGUGCAGAGAUCUGACAGGAGAUUCUUAACAACCUUCAUUUCUGGUGAACAGCUAAGGACAGAGAGGAGGUGGGUAGUCCCUGAGAUGGGCCUGUGGUUCCUGGGCACUGUCUUUCCAGACACCUAGAAGAACUCUCAGGUUGGGAGUGAGCUGAUAGUUGGCCACCGUGAUGGGGACAAGGACAGAGAAGGAGCAGCGGGUAGGUAGGUGGCUGGGCCAGGAAGAAAGGAUGUGGGGGAAGGUGGCCAGAGGUAGGAUGGGGAAGUGGAUCUCAGGAAGCUUUUAUUUCUUUGGAGGCCAACUUACCGCCAUCUCAUUGGGAAACGGUUGGUAGGGAGGCACCCAUCCAACUGCCUUGCAGAAUCCAGCAAGGGAGGGAGCCCGGGAGUCAGAGCCAAGGGAAGAAAUAACCAGUUGGGGCUGGUAAUGUGAGGUCUGGCAGCUGUGCUCCUCAUCCUUCCCUCAUUCUUCCCUUCGUCAACAUGGGAGAGAGUCUGGCUGAAGGACAGUGGGCCUGCGAGACCCCCUCAGGCCCUUGGAACAAGGUGGUAACUGCUGCAGGAGAUGAAUGAGUUUCUCCUUCUUUGCUCCAGACAGGUUCUACGAGGGGCAGAGAAGAAUUGGGGAUCUGUGGUGUUUACCCUCCUUAAUGUGUCAUGGCUGCCUCACCUUCUAGAAACAGGGAAGGCAAACCAUCAUAGGUCCUGGUCAUCCUGGAACCUUUGGCUCUUCCUUGACUCCAGGUUGCCAAAGGUAGAAGAUUUAAAAACUUGAACCAAUACCUUCUCCUCCCCCAAACUGAAAUUGCCUUCUCUUUCCCAGUUGUUUCAGGGACAAUGCCCAGCAUGUUUGAGGGAUGCACAAGAACUGUGGUCCAGGAGAUGGAUCCCGGAGGGGAUAUGAUUCCUGUCAGAAGUGCUCUCGAUGCUGACAGAUUCUGCUGUUUCUGGUUGGUGAGGGAGAAGAGAGGUUUCUUUGGAAGCCACCUCACCUUGAUGGACAUAUUGGAGACAGAGGAGGGUGAAGGGCCCUGUGAUGAACUGGAUUCUGGGCUCCAAGGUCAAAAGGCUGAGUUCCAAAUUCUAGACACUGUGGACUCAACAGGAAAGUUGACAGUGAAAUUACUGGAAGAAAUAUCAAUUGCAGGGGAACUCCAGGGGUCUCAUGAGCAGAAAAUCAAGAUAUUGAAGAACCAAAUAUCCCAGCAAUAUCUGGAAACCCUUGUGAACAGGCAGCUGAAGAAGAAACUACCACCUUCGUUUCAAUCACUUCACACAAGGAGAGAAGACCUGCAUCUGGUGACAGAAACUCUGGAGACAGUAAAUAAGGAAACCCUGAAAAGUAAAUGGCAGUAUGGAUUUCUGAGCCAAAUCUAUCAGGCCCUUCACCUCAACUAUGCACAAAAGGGAAAAGUGACCAUUCCCUCGAAUCAGGUCCUGGACUAUCGAUUAAAGCAGCUUAUCUUCCCCAAUGAGAAGGAAAUGAGUGCUGGUUUAGGUAUUUAUUUCUGGGGCAAAACAAAAUCCUUUCCAGAAGGAAAGUCCUUGAGUUCGGAGGAUUCCAGAAACAUGAAGGAGAAAGUGCAUGACACGGUGAGAAGCCUCCAGGAUCUGACUGAAAAGGAGCAAAGAGAUGUGCUAAGCUCCCUCACGAAGUGCCUCAGCAAGGAUGAGCAUUUAGAGGAUCUAGAGCAAAGAGUGUUUGAGGCUCUGAAGUCUAGAGCACUGCAGAUGGAGGGUUCAGCAGGUCCUCUCCUGAGCAGCCUUUUUAAUACUGUUGGGAGCCUGGUAGAUGGACGUGCAAAAGCCAUUCUGGACUUCCUGGAUGCCUUGGGAGAGCUGUCUGAGAAGAAGCAGCUUGUGUCUGAGGCCUUAGAAAAAGGGAUCCUGCCCCUGUUGAAGGAUGAGGUGAAGUCUGGGAUGGAGAAGGUCUGGGAUAAGCAGGCCAGCAAUCCUCAUGACAUGACCCAUGACCCUGAGGCAUGAACCCUCUGUGCCCUCUAUGUUGCCAUCUCUAUCCUGCUGCAGCUGAGUUCGGAGCCCACCUCUGCCUCUUCUUAACUACAAAAGCCCUAAUCCUUCUCCCCACAAGCCUCUGGGGUUUCCUCUCCGCAGUCCAUCCUCAUUGCCACUACCAUUUCCUCUGUCUUUCACCAGCAGGACCUCUUUAAAACAAGCAGGUGACCAUCUUUUGAUGCUUCCUAUUCCCUACAUGUUAAUGUCCAAAAUCAGCCUGGAUUUUAUGCAUGAGCUUCUGAUUAAAAGUUUAAGAUCAAACAUAUUAAUUUCUUUCCCUCUUGAAACCUCACCAAGUGACAGUAAAGCAAUAGAAAAGCUUGAUAUGCUGGGCACAGUGGCUCACACCUGUAACCCAGCACUUUGGGAGGCUGAGGCAGGAGGACUGCUUGA